AUGAUUGAGGGUACGCUUCUUGCUGUGUCCAAGGAGACGCUCGCGCUCGUGGCUGUAGUGCUCUCGGUCGCGUACUACGUCUAUCGCCUGGGGUAGGCUUCUGUACAAGGUCUUUGGUUGAUUCAGCAAGGGCUAACUCUCCGUUGCGAUAGAUUUCCCAAACCGCUUGCCGGAAUCCCUUACAAUCCUGAGGCUGCCCAGCGCUUCUUUGGCGACGUUGUUUUCUUUCCCAAACCCGAUGCACCCGCAUUUCGAGCAUGGCUCACGAGCUUGGGCGAGCGAUUGCAGUCGCCCAUUGUGCAAGUAUUCAUUCGACCGUACGGAAAGCCGGCUCUGGUAGUGUACGACUAUUGGGAGGCAUACGACAUCAACAACCGACGGCUGGAUGAAUUCGACAAGACGGAGCGGAACCGACAGAUCUUCUCGGAGGUGGUGCCGCAGAAUCACACGUCCAUGCGAGCCAGCGAUGCGGCGUAUCCGCGCAGCAAGAACAUGAUCAAGGGGGUCAUGGUACCGUCGUUCAUCAGCGAGAUCAACGCGCCGGAGAUUUAUGCCAAAGCGCGCUUGGUCGUGCAGCUGUGGCAUAUCAAGGCCCAAGAGGCGGGCGGCCACCCCUUCUCGGUGUCGGGCGACGUGCGCGAUUACGCAUUCGACGCCGUGCUGACGGCGUCGUUUGGAUUGAAGGAGGAGGAGGGCAUCGUUGCUGGCCAGCUCCGCCACCUCAUGCAAGCGGAAGUGCUCCAAGCAGAAGUGCACGUCGACAAGGACGAUGUCGACUCGCCCGUGGAAUUUCCCGGAAUGCCGCUGCCGCAGGAGUACGAAGCCCUGUCCAAGGUGACGGAGUCGUUGGCCUACGCCAUCCGCGCCGUCUUUCCCUCGCAGGAGAUGUGGUUACGGAAGAACUUGACCGAGAUGGGCACAUAUUAUCGCCGCAAGGACCAGUUCCUGCUCGCCAAGAUCCACGAAGCGGCGGCGCGGAUGGCAGGCGGAGGUGGAGGUGGUGAAGGGACGUCGGCGCGGCGUCGCAGUGCCCUCGACCACUUUGUGCGCCAAGAGAUGGACGCCGCUGCCAAGGCCGGCCGCGCCCCGGACUACCUGCACGGGCCGAUCCGCGACGAGCUGCUGGGGUACAUCAUCGCUGGGCACGACUCGUCGACUUCGGCGCUGGCGUGGGCGCUCAAGUACCUGACGACCGACACUCGCGUCCAGCACGCCCUGCGCCAGCACCUCCGCGCGGUGCACGCCGCCGCCUGGCGCGAGGCCCGCUCCCCCACCGUCGCCGAGAUCACCAGCACCCGCGCCCCCUACCUCGAUGCUGUCGUGCAGGAGGUCUUCCGCUGCGCAUACACCACCCCCUUCACCCUCCGCGAGGCCACCCGCGACACCCAGAUCAUGGGCCAUUUCGUCCCGAAGGGCACCACCGUCUGGUUCUCCACCGCCGGCCCGAGCUUCACCCGUCCGGCCAUCGAAGGGGACACGAAGGCGGAUGGCUCUAAUAGCCAUCCCAGGAACCCCGCUGCACUCGCCGACAAGCAGCGCGUGCCUGCCUGGCCGCGGGAGGAUGUCGCCCUCUUCCGUCCGGAGCGGUGGCUGCGGCCCGACCCCGGCCCGUCGGACCCUCCCGACUCCACCUACUCCCACGUCGAGUUCAACGGCAGCGCAGGCCCCAUGAUGGCCUUCGGCUCUGGUCCGCGCGGCUGCUGUGGGAAGCGUCUGAUCUAUCUGUCCAUGCGAAUCCUCGUGACUCUCGUCCUCUGGGACUUUGACCUCUUGCCCUGUCCGACUCGACUCUCCUCCGACGAGAGCGAUCACGGCACUGCAAGUCAUCCCAAGCAAUGCUAUCUUCGUUUAGCAAGCACCACUCCCGGGUCGUGA